AUGCCAAAAGAGUCAGUUACUUCACUAAAGCAACAAAAUCAAGAUUUAAAGGAUAAGGUCGACGCCCUUUCGAAGGAAAUAACGCAGCUGAAAGAGAAGGUUCGGGUCGACUCGGCCAUUACCUUUGGUGCUGAAGCAGCUGCUACGUCUGGUAAUAGAAUUAAUAAUGCUUCAAAUGAUGAAACCGUGUCUCGUAGUCUACAAUAUCUGAGCGACGAAUACGACGACCUCUCAGCGUCUAAUUCUGGUGUCGUUGAUCAACUCAAGGCAUUAAGCCGUCGUCUUAAUAAGCUUAGCGCUGAAGUCACACGUGUUGGCAACGCCAUUGACGAGGUUGAGGAAUAUAGCUACCAAUUUAAUGUAAAAAUAAUUGGCCUGCCAGAGAAAAGCAGUGAAACCGCAGCUGAAACAAGCGCCCUGUGUGUAAAAUUAUUCCAGGAGAUGGGGGCAGAAGUGUUUCUGUCGGACAUUGACAUUGCUCAUCGCGUCCCCUCGAGGCAGCAAAAUGGCGCUCCGAAACCGGUCAUCUGUAAAUUUGUAAGACGCCUUGCAAAAGCAAGUGUUAUGGAAACUCGACAAAGUGCCUCUCAAGUCAACCCAUCAAAUAUUGGUCUGUCUGCUGAUAGUGUUCUUGACAGAGUCAGAAUCUUCGAUCACCUCACCCCCAAAAAACAACACCUGUUGUUUGAAGCGAAGAGAUUUAAAGAACAGAACCAAUACCGCUUCUGCUGGGCCAAGAAUUCCACGAUUUAUUUACGCAAGAGUGAGGGUUCCCGACCGAUAAAGAUAACGGACUUUGGUAGUCUACAGCGACUUGUCUCGGACACCUGACAUUAUCAGUUCGAUAAGUAUUUACU